AUCUUGGCCGCGGCGCGGCGCGGGUCUGCUAUGUCGUCCCGGCCGGAGCCCGGCGGCGCGAGGGCGGGCGCCGUGCGGCGGCCGCGGGAACCCGAGCACGAGUUGCGGCGGCGCCGGGAGCAGAAGCGAAAGCGACGGGACGCGGAGCAGCUGCGGGAGCUGCGACACCUGGAGCACUUUUAUGAGAAGCCUCCUCCUGGGCUGAUCAAGGAAGAUGAGAGCAAGCCAGAAGACUGCAUUCCUGACGUGCCAGGCAAUGAGCACGCCCGGGAGUUCCUGGCUCACGCGCCCACAAAAGGACUCUGGAUGCCACUGGGAAAGGAGGUCAAAGUGAUGCAGUGUUGGCGUUGCAAACGGUAUGGUCACCGAACAGGUGACAAAGAAUGCCCUUUCUUUAUCAAAGGCAACCAAAAGUUGGAACAGUUCAGAGUGGCACAUGAAGAUCCCAUGUACGACAUCAUUCGGGAGAACAAGAGACAUGAGAAGGACGUGAGGAUCCAGCAGCUGAAACAGCUCCUGGCCGAUUCCACCUCAGAAGACGACGAGAGCAGCUCCGGGUCCUCAGAGUGUAGAGAGAAGCACAAGAGGAAGAAGAAGAAGGAGAAGCACAAGAAAAGGAAGAAGGAAAAGAAAAAGAAGAAGAAAAGGAAGCAGAAAUCUUCCAAGUCAAAUGAGAGUUCGGACUCGGAGUAAGGUAGACACCAUGCUGAGCCCCUCAGAAACCCAGCAUUGUGGCCUGAAUGGAGGGGACCUAUGGAGAGCAGUGAGGAGAGGACAUCAGGUCUGUGGAGAUAUUCACCACUUCCUGAGUUACGCUGCACUGUUUCCCCGUGCCAGGCCUCCCUGAUGUCACACAGGAGAGCUCUUAAUGUCUAGGAACCUGGGACCUCUUUGUGGCCUUCAUGAGCAGUAGGACCAGGGACUCUGGGUGGCCAUGUGGGCCUGCCCUGGUCUAGAGUGCGCUGUUCUAGUGUAGCUCCGUCCCCUGGCUUCAGGUUGGCUGUCUGUGUUGUUGAGGAUAAUAAAAGCUUGUGAUUUAUUUUUCAAA